AUGGGAGUCAAGCGCUCACACCGCGACUCGUCGUCACCAGACGCUCACAGCACCUCGUACUCACGUGAGGCAUCGGUCGAUAUCAAGAUUGUCCAGCUAGACGCCGAUUCCGCUGUAUCACACGAGCACGCCGUCAUGAAGUGCUCACUGCCCCCGCACGACCCGCUUACCUUUGCUUCCAUUGAGGAACACGAUGUCCAUUACCAUCAGGUCCACAUGAACCGUUGCAGCGAAUGCCACAAAAACUUCCCAGACCAGCACUAUCUGCACCUGCAUAUUGCAGAGUACCAUGACCCCAUCAACGCUGCCAAGCGGGAUCAGGGAGAGAAAACGUAUGCCUGUCUUUUGCCAGAGUGCGAUCGACUAUGCAGCACGCCUCAGAAGCGCCGCUUGCACUGCAUAGAUAAGCAUCAGUUUCCCCGCGAGUAUGAUUUCGUUGUCGUAAAAGAUGGCAUCGAUAGACGAAGCAGCAUGCUGAUACCCCCUCAUCGACGGAGAAGCUCUACAUUGAGCUCAGCAGGAGGUACCAGUGGAGCGACUGGAAGGAAGAGAGGUGAGUCGAGUGCAAGUACGGUAGGUGACAGUAUGGAUGUCGUUCGCGACCAAGACGAAGAAGAGAAAGAAGAACACAGUCAAGGAGAGACUCGACGCUAUCCUACCAAGCUUCACGGACGUGGAGGGUUUGGCCAAGGUCAAAGCCCAGGUCGUACAGUUGGGCGUGGAAGUCCCCAAGCGAGUGUCUCUCCCAAGUCCACCUCAUCAGCGCAAACUGUAGACCCUAUGGAUAGUCUAACGUCGAGUAUGUCCGCCCUCAAGUUUAUUCCUCAUAGUGUACGUAUGGCGCGUGGCAGAGGAAGAGGGCAGGUGGUCUAG